AUGGACGACAUCGUCAACGAGUUUCAAGACAUUUUCAGCGCGGAACUCGGCUGCACCAGCGGUCCCCCUGUGUACCUUCAACUCAAGGAAGGAGCUACAUUCAAGUUCUGGUCAACCCGGGAGACAGAAGAGUGGACACUGCCACCCGACACAGCCGUGUACUCCCGUAACUACGGCCAGGGGGAGAAAUGGACACCAGGAAAAGUUCAGUUCACUACAGGGUCACGCAUGGUCACCAUACAAACGCCCGCUGGGGUGGUUCGACGUCACAUAGACCAAGUGCGUUCCAGGCAAAGCCCGGCAUCUGGCCGGAGCGGCGCUCAGCGAGACCACGACGAGGGGAGCCCUCCGGCUGCAGCGGCGCCCACACCGACCGGCAACGAAGGCAAGUUGAACGAGCAGCCUGCAGACCAGGUGGCACCUGCGCAACCGCCGCCGCCUAUCCAGAAUGCGCAGAAAUCCCCACAAGUUUUGCGACGCUCUACCCGGGAAAGAAAACCUGUAUAGCGUUUUCAAUUUUAAGGGAGGAGAAAUGUUGUAAUCGGCUUGCUAUGUUAUCUACCACCGCCUGAGCCAGGCGCGUGACGUGCCAACAACUGAGCGUCAUGUCUUUGCCCGGUCUUUCUUCCUUCCCAACUCCCUCUCCCUUCCUAUGCUUUGAAUACU